GUGGGUACUUCCUUUCAAGGGAGGCCAUACGACUGUACGACUCAUCGGGCCAUACUCUCGGUUCAACGUUGUGGCAAAAAGAACUUCGUGAAGAUGGGGCCAGCGACAAUUGUGGCUGUCGCUGCCUAUUUGGCCACGUCUUGUGCUGCAACGCACCACGGGGCAGAUACUACGUGUGAUUUCUCGGGCCUAAGUCUAGACAACGAAGUGUCCCGGGUGAUCGCCAGGCUCCCUGAAAUUCAGGGGUCCCGUCGACAGCAGGACCAGCCAUAUGCACCUGGACUUGAAAUAGCUGGGUUUACAUUGAAGAACCUGAACAAACUCCGUCUGUACGGACCCCUAUUUCCGUACUGCAUCAACGGAACCCGCAUGCUACAAGUAGACUUCGUCAAUGAUGGCGACAUCGUUUUAUCGUUGCCAUGGAAGGUUUGCUCAGGGCACGCUGGUAACUUCAGCCUUAGCGCCUCGUUCUCCCGGUUUACCGCACAGUUCCGCAUCCUUGAGUCUUCUGGCGAUGGCGUCAAACUGGAACUGCUGGGUCGCAUUGUUCCUGUGACAACGGAAGGCCUCCGCGGUGUUGUCGGUGGUGCCGGUAGUGAGGUGCGCUUGGCCUUUCAAAUCCUGAGCGCCGUCUUCCCUAGCGUAGUCAAUGAAGUGUGGUACUGGGAAUUUUCUAUUGCAUUUGAUAGAGCCUUGCGCAAAGCCAUCGAGUAAGUGAUUUUCUAGACUGAAAUAAAUGUCGCUACACAAAAGUACCACAUGGUAAACUUGCUGAAGCUUGCCGUAUAAGUAUAUCAUUGUGCGCUCUCGUGCAUUCUAGUAGAAUAAACAUACCAAAAUGUA